AUGUUCCCAGCCGAAAUAUCGAAACUCAAGCGAGCCCCAGCCGAGCACAUUUAUGUUAAAAGCAAAUCAGAGUGCCUACCAGGCACGCGGGAUAAGAUUCAAGAAUCCCUACUCAAGCACCUGAAGGAAGCCAGGAAUCGAUUCGUUUGGCUACGGGGGUCUCCUGGGACGGGGAAGACUGCGAUAUCUAUGAGUGUUGCAUCCACUCUUAAGGAGCAGGGUAUGCUGGCCGCGUCAUUCUUUUGGGAUAAGAACCAAGCAGGAACGGGCUUGGAUUCUAUCGGACUGUUCCCGUCUACCCUUGCUUGCCAACUUGCAUCCUUCAAUGAGGAUUUCAAAUUGUCGCUUGUCAGACGCCUUCGGCAACCAGAUUUGGUCUUUGUUCAGGACCUCCCUCUGGAGAAACAAAUUAACACUCUGAUGAUUGAGCCGAUGCGUGACUUGAAGAAUAUGUGGUCUUCGGGAAAGGAUCGCAUGGUUAUCGUCCUGGAUGGCCUUGAUGAG